AUGACAGCUAUUUUCAACUUUCAGUCGCUUCUCCUCGUCAUCCUCCUGCUCACCUGCACGUGCGCAUACCUCCACCAGCUCAUACCUGCCAUCAUGGACCGGAACAAGGACGGCUUCGUGGGUAUAUUCUGGAAAUUCGCAAGGGUGGGCGAGCGGUUAAGUCCGUAUAUCAGCUUAUGCUGUGUCGUCAUGGCGGCAAGUCUCUCUCGCCUCGGUCUCCCCAAGCGCGUUGCUGACAAGAUACGACAGGUUUCCUUGCUCAUCAGCUAA